AUGUCCAAAUCCUCCAAAUCCUCCAAACACCUCCCCAACGACCCCACCACCCUCUCCUCCACCCUCUUCACCACCAUCCUCCUCUUCGACACAAUCAGCACGCACAAAACGCACUCCAAAAAGCACCAAUCCCUCCUCCUCCAGCUCUCCAUCGAACGCCUCUUCCUCAUCACCUGGGGCAAGACACUCGGGCUGCUCCGCGACAAGGGCCACAACCCGCGCCCGCUCGACGCCCGCCUCACCAGCAUCGAGACGCGCAACGUCGUCACAAACCUGCUCACGCUCAUCGCCGGCGGCUUCAGCGAGCGCGGCGGCCUGGAGCGCCUGCGCGACGACGAGGUCAUCGUGACACGAGAGGGCUUCGAGUGGACGCACGUCAACCUGCGCUGCCUGAGCAAGAGGCUGCAGAAGAAGGCCGCCGCGAAGAAGAAGGUGUUCUGGGUCGUGCAGGACCGCAGCCGCUUCUCGGCCCUGGUUAAGGAGAUCCGCGGGUACAAUGAGAGCCUGAACCGCGUGCUGCCUGCGCAGCAGCAGCAGCAGCAGCAGGGGGGCGGGGGUGGGGGCCGCGGCGGAACGUCGAGUACGGAGACGAUGGAGAUUGUGGUGCAGCAUCAGACGUUUGGGAAUGGCUUGGGCAUGGGGAACAUGGGGAACAUGGGGAUGAAUGGCGGCGUGGCGUAUAAUGUCAAUAUGAACAACGGCCUGGUGUCGCCGACGGCCUUCGACCACCACCACCACCAGCACCUGCAUCAGCACCAGUUUAUCACGCAGCAUGGCCAGCAGGGGCAGCAUCAGGGGGGACAGCAGCAGCAGCAGGGGCAGACGAUGUAUAUACCGACGAUCCCGUCGCCGCCGCCGGCAGCGCCGCAUCCCGCGCAGUAUCUGAUGAUUGAGGCGCCGCCGCCGCCGCCGUUGAUGCUGCAGCAGACGCCGUAUUAUGAUGAUAUGGUGGAGAUUGAGGAGGCGAGGCAUCCGGAUGAGAGGGAGACGGUGCAUAUGUAUAGGACCUAUUAG